AUGCGGUUGUACCUCAUCGCGGAUACCUUCAUGAGGUCCGUGCAGACCACCUCUUGUUCAGUAGGUUUACCGGGCCACUUUCAAAAAAAAAACGAAUCAUUCACUGUCUGUCUGUCUGUCUGUCUGACUGUCUAUCUAUCUAUCUAUCUAUCUAUCUAUGUGUUUCUUUUAGGAAUUUUUAUCUCGCCAUUUCGUCAACAUUCAAUCCACCGAAGUCAUGACAUCAGUUUCCGUCACAGUCAAAUAUUUUCUUUUUUUUUUUCCCUUUCUUUUUCUAUUCUUUAUCUUUUCCUAUUUUGCUUUCUUUUUUAUUUCAAAUUUUGUUUCCUUUUUUCUUUAAUUCUAUUUUUCUUUAAUUCAUUUUUUCUUUCUUUCUUUAAUUCUUUCUUUCUUUCUUUCUUUCUUUCAAAAGUAAUUUUCUUUCUCCAUUAUGAAUUUUUAAAAAUUGACCCAUUUUUAUUUUUCAUGUUUAUCUUUUUCGUCCUCUCUUUAAAAUUUCGUUUUCUUUCUAUCACUUUUACUUAA